CCAGUGUGAGCUCCGACUAGACCUGUCUUGCGACAGCGUGAGUCGCCACCAUGCGCUGCACCGCACUGCUCUUUGUCGCCCUCGCCGGGUCCGCCCUGGCAGGACCAACGGGCCAAAGAUCAACCUGCGCCCUGCACUGCAAUGACGCGGAAAGUUAUGCAUAUGAAAGCGGCAAAAGUUAUGUUUACGAAUACUCGGUGACGACCUCCACCGCCCUCCUGGAAACCUUUGAGGACGACGCCCACUUGCACAUCACCGCCAACGCCCACAUCGAUGUUUCUGCCCCCUGCGAGUACAUCCUCAAGUUGACCGACGUCAAUCUUGAUGGAUCGUCUCACGGACCAGAGUUCGCUGCUGCUGUUACCAAGUCUCCUUGCGCUUCUCCUUCCAAGAUGGCCAAGUGGAGAGUAUCUGCGGCGAAGCAUCUGAGCCGGCCUGGGUCCUUAACUUCAAGAGAGGUGUCCUUUCUACCUUCCAGAACUCCAUGGCCCAUCAGGGUGAUGAGGACAUUAAGGAGACAGACAUCUCUGGUGUUUGCAUGACUCACUACAAUGCUACAGUAGAGGGCAGCGUUGUCACCAUUGAUAAGGUCAAGGACUUAGCCACAUGUACUCAGCGACCUGACCUGACCUUCAUCCCCUCAACUGGAUACAUCAGUGACUCUCCAGUCCAGAGCCUCCCAAUCUUUAAAAGCUCAAGCAAGUGUCACCAAAGGGUAGAGGAAGGCCUUCUGAAGACGGCAGAAUGUGAGGAGACCCACGUGUUCCGUCCCUUCUCCAGCGAAAAGGGAGGAGCUGUUACAACUGCCAAGACUACCAUGAUUCUCAUGUCUCAGGAACGACUUACUCCUAUCACAGACUUUGACUUCAAGCGCAAUACACUGGCUUUCGAGCACACACUCGCACCAGAAGCUCAGCUUGAAGCAGUUGAGGAGAUCUUGAGCAAUCUGGAGAUUGCUUCCAACAAUGAAAUCCUUCCAGAGGUUCCUUCACUAUUUGCCAAACUCGUGUCAUCACUCAAGGAACUGGAUUACCCUCAGCUCAACACUGUUUACAACAAUGCUAAAGAAACUCACACACGGAAGUUCCUGGUUGACGCUAUGCCACUGGUGGGAACAGCUGCUUCUUUUGGUGUGGUCAGAGACAUGUUCCUCAAUGGGGACAUGACAGAAUCUGAGGCUGAUGUGUUCUUCACUUCACUGGCUUUCUUCAAGAACCCAACAGCAGAAAUGUUUACU